CUUGGCCCGCAGGGAGCUGGAGAGGCAGAGCGCAGCCGCUCGGUGCGGGUCAGUGCAACACCAUCACAACACCAUCACAACACCAUCACUGCAUGAAUGACGGCGCACUUGACCGACGCAGGGGAAACACUUCGCCUCCUCACAUGAGCCGCGUGCGAGCGCGUCGUGCGUCGGAGCUGGAUCUAAGACGCCUCACCUCGAGUCAACUUCACGGGUACAUCCGCAGACCGCAGCCGCCCGAGCGAGACAUGUCACGGUGAUGUUACAGCCUCCAUCUUCGCUGGAAUUAAAACAUGGAGAGAUAACCGGCGCGUAGAGCUGACAGCAGAGGAGCUGACGGUAAAUGAGAGGCCGUCACCAUGCCCCCAGGGAAGUAUGGGAUGCAGGAGGAAUGGGAGAAGGAGGGGGUCCAGGAGAUAGUGAUGGACUUCCUGCUGCCUACUGGGAUCUUCCUCAAAUUCCCUGUGUCUCCAAACGACACCAUCAAAAGCAUCAAAAAAAUGGUUUGGAAGAAUGCCAGCAGCGAGGCCCUGUUCAGUGCACUGGGUGAUCCUGACGCGUACGUCUUCACCUGCAUCAACCAGACGGCAGAAAGGGAGGAACUGGAAGAAGAAUCGAGGCGCAUAAAUGACGUGCGGCCCUUCAUGUGUGUUUUGAGGCUGGUGGCGAGGGAGGGCGACCGGGUGGAGAAACUCACCAACACCCAAAUCAGCCUGUUAAUUGGCAAAGGUCUGCAUGAGUUCGAGGCCCAGAAGAACCACGAGGUGAACGAGUUCCGGACAAAGAUGCGUACGUUUUGUGAAGAGAAGGCUCAGGAGAGGCAGAUGUUGCCAUGGCAGCAGUGGAUGGAGUACAGCUUCCCAUGUGACCUGGAGCCAUGCUGCUCUCCGCCAGAGUGUAGGAGUGUGAAGUCAAAAAACACCAAGAAAAUUUUCAUCAAUGUCAAGUUUGAGGCUUGUGAGGAAAGCUUCAUGCUGCAGCAGGACCCUCAAGACCUCCCAGUGGCUCUGAUGAAGAGCGCCCUGAAGAAGAAGGCCACGGUCUUUCGCUCAUUGCGACAGGAGCCCGAAGACUACACUUUACAGGUCAACGGGAGGUGGGAGUUCAUGUAUGGGAAACAUCCCAUGAGCCAGUUUAAAUACAUAUUCUCGUGUUUGAGAAAUGGCCAAAACCCUUACCUAACCAUGGUGCACCACUCCACCAUCAGAAAAUAUCAGGAGGAGCAGGGCAGAAUGUGCAGCCAGGUAUAUAAGAGUCGCUCCCUGUCCAGACCUCCUCCGCUGCCCCUGAAGAAGCAGAAUACCUCCUCUCUGUGGUCCAUCAAUGAACCUUUCUACAUUCACCUGCUGCAGGGCAGCCGAGUCAAUGCAGGCGAAGGAAUGAAGCUUGUGGUGCAGGCCGGUCUGUUCCAUGGCAGCGAACUCCUCUGCAAGGUGGUGACAACUUCAGAGGUGACAGUUUGCUCUGAGCCACUAUGGGAUCAAAAGCUGGAGUUUGACAUAAACGUGGCUGACCUACCACGCAUGAGCCGCCUGUGCUUCGCGCUCUAUGCAGUCAUUGAGAAAGCCAAGAAACCCCGCGGCACUAAAAAAAAGAAUAAGAAAGCGGACUGCCCCAUAGCCUGGGUGAACACCAUGGUGUUUGACUACAAGGACCAGCUGAAGACUGGGGAGUUCCUCUUGUCCACAUGGCCAUCUGUUCCUGACAAAAGCGACCUGUUGAACCCAAUGGGAACAGUGGAGAAGAACCCUAAUGUGGACAGUGCUGCCGGGCUUCUCAUUCGCUUCCCUAAUAUCCGGCCACAUCCUCUCUAUUACCCACCACUGGAAAAGGUAAGUGGUGACGUGGAGCAGAAUGGUGAUGCAGCUAUUGCCACAAAAGAAGAGUACAUGAAACUAAAAGAAGUCAUGGACAACAAAAACUCCACUGAGUUUUUUGAGGACGAGAAAGAGCUCCUGUGGAAGCUCCGCACAGUAGUCCGUGACCAUUAUCACGAAAGUCUGUCCAAGCUGCUCCUCAUCACCAAGUGGAGUCGACGCGAGGACGUAGUUCUGAUGGUUAGUUUGCUGGGGAACUGGCGGGACCUCCCAGCCAUCCAUGCCUUGGAGCUCUUGGACUACAGUUUUCCCGACCCAGCGGUUCGUUCCUUCACAAUCAGAUGCCUCAGGAAGCUCAGUGACGAUGAACUGCUACAGUACUUAAUCCAGCUGGUCCAGGUCCUGAAGUACGAAUCCUACCUAGACUGUGACCUCACCACCUUCCUGCUAGAAAGGGCUCUGUCCAACUGGAGGAUAGGACACUUUCUGUUUUGGCAUCUCAGGUCAGAGAUUCACGUGGCGUCUGUGAGUUUGCGUUUUGGCCUGAUUCUGGAGGCCUACUGCCGGGGAAACAUCCACCACAUCAGGCUUUUAACCAAACAGAACGAGGCUCUGGGCAAAAUGAAGGCCCUGAGUGACUUUGUCAAGUCGGGAUCCCAGAAGACGACAGCAGAUGACCUGAAGCUGUGCAUCAGACAGGAGUCCUACCUGGAGGCCCUGUCAGACCUGCUGUCACCACUCAACCCCAGCAUCAUCCUUGCUGAGAUCUGUGCAGACAAGUGCAGGUUUAUGGACUCCAAGAUGAAGCCGCUCUGGCUGAUGUAUAACCCCCGGGCUCAAGAGGACAUGGUGGGCAUCAUCUUCAAGAACGGAGAUGAUCUUCGACAAGACAUGUUGACCCUCCAGAUGAUCCAGCUCAUGGAGAACUUAUGGAAGAAAGAGGGCCUCGAUCUCAGGAUGAUCCCUUAUGGCUGCUUGUCCACUGGGAACAAGAUGGGGCUCAUUGAAGUGGUGAAGAACUCCGACACCAUCGCCAACAUCCAGCGUAACAGCAGUAACAGUGCCGCCACCGCUGCCUUCAACAAGGAUGCCCUGCUCAACUGGCUCAAAUCUAAGAAUCCUGAGGACAAACUGGAUCCAGCAAUAGAAGAGUUCACACUGUCCUGUGCCGGCUACUGUGUAGCUACCUACGUCCUGGGCAUCGGAGAUCGUCACAAUGACAAUAUCAUGAUCAGGGAAACUGGACAGCUGUUCCACAUUGACUUUGGGCAUUUCUUGGGCAACUUCAAGCGGAAACUGGGGAUCAACAGGGAGCGUGUGCCUUUCAUCUUGACAUAUGACUUUGUCCAUGUGAUCCAACAAGGAAGGACGAACAACAGUGAGAAGUUUGAGAGGUUCAGGGAGUACUGCGAGCGGGCCUAUAAGAUCCUCUGUCGCAACGGGAUGCUGUUCGUCAACCUUUUUGCUAUGAUGAAGGCGGCAGGACUGCCAGAGCUCACCUCCUUCAAAGACAUCCAGUAUCUAAAGGACUCCUUAGCUUUGGGCAAAUCAGAGGAAGAGGCACUGAAGAACUUUAAGGUGAAGUUCAACGAAGCUCUGCGGGAAAGCUGGAAGACGAAAGUCAACUGGAUGAUGCACUCCCUGGCCAAAGAUAAUAGACCCUGAAGAACACUGUACCAAGGAAACCUGGCGCCAGACCAAAAAAAUAUGGAUUUUAAUGAAUGGAUGAUAAAAGGAAAGCAAACACAAUCAAAUAUUUUACUUUAUUGAUGGCACUUAAAAACGCUCAAUAUAUGUUUACAUCCGUCUAGCCUGUCUGUGGUAAAUAACGACUAAGUGGAGGCAUCCAAAGAUGAUACAGCCAAGGGGCAUUAUCUCAACACACGCAUAUUUUCACAAUGGUGGAAAUCAAUCACACUCAGCUUUCUCCCAUCAGACAUGGCAAUGCCUUUGACUUAAGGACAUAUCAACAAAAAAAUGUAAACAUUCUUUAAGGAUGUGUCAGAUUUGCUACUUAAAAAACACCUGCACGUGCAAAAGUGUCCUGAAUCACUGAAACAAAGCCAGAGACUGAAAGUUCAUCCCCCUGAAUGCAUUGCUUAGCAGGGAGCAAACUGCAAACAGACUUUAUGAUGACUUCAAAUCGUUCAUUUACGGAGUUCAAUAACAGGGCGACAGUUUCACCUCAAGUCUUUUCCACAGUUACGACCCAUGGUGGUUGUGUCAUAUCCUCUCAUUUCAACUGCCUCUUUGCAAUUGUGUCUUUUGUUCUUUUAUUUUAUUGUAUUUUAUUUAACUCGGUAGCUCAGAAGUAUUUGUACGAAGUUGUGAAGGAGAUUUUAAGAAGAUGUUGUGUUUUACUGCUGUUUUGAUGUGUAAUAUUGCCUUGAAGUGCUCUAGAAUGCCAGUAGACACAACGCAUUGUAACAUUUACAAUUCAUUGUAAGAUGGGAAAAUAACUUUAAAGUGGACCUUUCUUUUAUUAACUUUCCUGUGUACCAGGCCGUGUCACCCAGCAGACCCCGACCAAACAGCUACUACACAUUAAUGGAAUAGUUUAACAUUUUUUACAAAUAUUCUUUCUUGCAUAGAGUUAGAUAAGAAGGUCUACACCACUCUCUUUCGUUAAUUCCGAAACCUGAGCCAGUAGCUUUUAGCCUUUCAUAGCUUAGCUUGAAGACUGGAAACAGAUGGUCUUUAUGCUAAACUAAGCUUACUUUCUCUUAGUUCCAGCUUCAUAUUUAACGAGACAGAUAUGAGAGUGGUAUUGCUUUUAUUAUUUAAGUAAAGUGAAUGGGUAUAUUUCUGGAAAUGUUGAAUUAUACCUUUAAUUACAAAGAAAAAAUAAUGAUCUCAGGUGCUAGGCAAAGAUAUCAAUGUAUGUUCAAGGCUCAGAAGAAUAAUAUUGAAAACAUGAGGCAUUACGAUCCAAAUAGGAAUCUUGUUCUAGCCAUAGACUUUCUCAGAAUGUUCCCUUUUGAAAGCGUAAAAUCUAUUUAAGUUAUGCUUGUGAUUUCCAUUGCAUUUUUGAACUGAUGUGCCAGGUGCCUUGAAAGAUAUCUUAUGCUUGUACUGUCAAACACCUCUAUACUCUAUACUUUGAUCUCAUUUUAUGGUACUUUCACUAUAUUGUACAUGCUGUGUAUCUUGCUGUCAGUCAUGCAAAGAAGAUGAUGUGCUUUUCAUCGCCUUUUUUAUUUUACAUAACAGUUCAGAUGAUUUACAAUGAUGACUUUUAUAGAAGAGCAAGUGUAGCUGUAGAUAACACAGCAAGAUGUUUUAAUUCCCUUAAGCUACUGAAUUAGUCACUGUGGAUUGGGUUUUAAAUAUGGGUCAUCAAUGUCCCUCAGUAUGGGCUCAACUAAACACUGCUGCUUUAAGCCAGAACGAGUCAGUCUAUUUAGUCUAUGAGCUACUUUUGCAAAAUGUAAAUAUUCUGAAUAUUUGCCUUUUGAAUUAGUUGUAAUUCAUUAAUUCUGUCAAAUGGUACAAGUAUUUUAACAUUCAGGUUUUGUUUACAUGUGUGCAGCUAAAGCUGAUCAAUCAUUCUGUCAACAUAUGUCCGAUGGAGAACCUACCUUUAUCUGCAUUCUGUUUUUACGUUUGAUUCACUUGCUGUUGGAAGAGAAAGAUAGACUCAAUAAACAGUGUGCAACAGCAGAGCUCACUGAGGCUUUCUAGGAUCAAUGCCAUGUUUAAUCUUAAUUUAAUGCCGCUUAAAAAAAGGCUGAUCGUGGAUGAAGGCCAGAGCCACCAAAUUCACCCCAUCCUUUAUUUUCCUGAGUAACCACAGUGUUUUAGAGCGAUGGCCUUUUGUACGAAUCUGUGGGAGUUUACACUUCACAAUAACACGUUUAUUAAUUAAAGUGAACGCAGGAGGGUUUUGGCAAAUAUUUUAUGAACUGUAUGAUACUGUCAUCGUUUUUGGUUUGGCUUUCUCUCUCUUUAUUGAACACAAAACUGCAUCAUGAUUACAUAAGACACGUAGUGAAUACCAGUGAACAUACUGUCUUGGUGAGAGAUACUGAUGAUUUCAAAUGGACCAAGACCUUGUUUAUUUACAACACAACUUAAAUGGUGUGAAUGCUUUUGUAUUUUGAACACGAUUCAUUUUAAUUCAAAUAACAUCAAUGUUGGCUACACAUUUUAUAACUUAUAAAGCAGGUAAACAUGG